AUGUUCGCUGUUCCAGGAUGGUCCGUGGAGAGCUCUGCUCUGAAGUCACAGACUCAGGCCGUGCAGCCCAAGAACGAAUCCCAGCCGGAGAAGGAUGCCCCCAACGCCGAUGCGAAGAAUAACAAGCGCAAGCGUGCUAAUGACCGUGUCACCGCCGGAAAUGUGGAUGAGAUGUACCGCAGGCACAUUGAGAAGGGUUCAAACCGCGGCCCAGAGGGUUCCGUGAAGCCAGAGAAGAUGCAAAAGAAGGAAAAGAAGGAGAAGCAGACACCUGAGACGGCCACCACCCAGGAGCCUACAGGCGAAACUGUCACCAUCGCCGAUGUAGACGCAGAUCAAGCCGAGGAGAAAGCUCCCAAGAAGAAGCAGCGGAAAAACAAGAAGAACAAGGACAACGCCUCAGAAGACAAGACCGAGACAGAGCCUACUGCCCCGGCUAAAGAAGCUUCUGCCCCUGCCCCCGCUGCGCCUGCACUCCCACCAACAGCGAACCUGACCCCUCUCCAGCAGGCUAUGCGACAGAAGCUGAUAUCCUCCCGGUUCCGCCACCUGAACGAAACCCUCUACACGACCCCCUCCGAGAAAGCACUCGAGAUGUUCAGUACCAACCCUGAGCUCUUCGACGAGUACCAUGCCGGAUUCGCACGACAGGUCAAGGAGUCAUGGCCCUCAAACCCGGUCGACGACUACAUCAAGACCAUCCGCACCCGCGGUGCAAUCCCGCUCCCAAGGCGAGGAAAGCCCCUCAACCCUGCCAAGGGCUACCCGCUCCCCCGUCGUCCUACUGGAGUAUGCACAUUCGCCGAUCUGGGCUGUGGUGAUGCACAGCUCGCGCGCGCCUUGACUCCCUCCGCCAAGAAGCUGAACAUCAAGCUCAACAGCUACGACCUAGCAGCGCCCGAUCCAUUGAUCACCAAAGCCGAUAUCUCGAAUCUUCCCUUGGAGGACGGCGCCGCGGACGUGGCUAUUUUCUGUCUGAGUCUGAUGGGAACUAACUGGGUUUCGUUCGUCGAGGAGGCAUGGCGUAUUUUGCGCAAUGACGGCAAGGGCGAAUGCUGGGUCAGUGAGGUCAAAAGUCGAUUUGGCAAGGUCCAACGCAAGAAGUCUCAGAUCGGUGCGCAGAAGCCCGGCAGCAAGGCAGACAAAAAGAAGCCCAAGAAGAAGGGCGGUGACGAUUCCGAGGAUGACGCUGACAUUUUUGCUGAGGAUGUGCGGCCGUCUGACAAUACCGACGAGACUGAUAUCUCGGCGUUUGUGGAGGUGUUCCAGUCUCGUGGGUUCAUGCUUCGUCGGGAAUCCGUGGAUAAGUCCAAUAAGAUGUUUGUGAGAAUGGUGUUUGUUAAGCAGGGUGGUGCGCCUACCAAGGGGAAACACGCUUCGGCCCUCAGUGCGCCUGCGCCUGGUAACAAGAAGCGCUUUGUUGACCGCAAGCCUGACUCAGAGUCUGGCUUGUCGGCUGAGCAGGAGGCCAAGGUGCUGAAGCCGUGCGUUUAUAAGAUCCGCUAG